UACACGUGUGUGUUCACACACUCGGUGCGAAGUAGGGUUUAAUAGACUGGGUUCCGCUUAACAGCUCUUUCUCUUUCUCCCACACCUAAGCCCCUCCUUGCUGUUUUUCUUUCGUUUGAUCCACAGGCACAAUCCCCAAAUCAAUCGAUCCAUUUAUAUGUCAAUAGAAACACAUCAAUCUCCAGUGUUUAAACCACACUUUUGAAUCGAUACAAUCUAUCAUGGCAGAAACUUUGAGCUUGAUUGAUAAGAAUACUAUCGUCACUCAAAAACCCAUUAAUCGUGAAAACCCAGGUGGUGAAUCGACUGAAUCUUUAGCUCCGGUGGAUAAAUCUCCUUUUAGAAGGAUUGAGUUUCACCUAGCCAGGAAGCCCUUCACCGGGUUCACUAAAGGAGGCGGCGAUGGGAGUUUUCGGCUUGAAACGCUCAAUCCUACCUCCACGAGCUCGAAUAAUACGUUUGGGAAUCAGCAGGGCGUUGGAUUGGAUAGUGUUGGUGGUGGGUCUUCGGGUAAGAAAAGAGAUGCAUCGGAGUUAGGAAACGGGUUGGAUCCAGAACUCAGUUUUGGAAUUACUUUUCGGAGAAUUGGUGCUGGUUUGGAGAACCUUGGGAAUACUUGCUUCCUCAACUCAGUACUCCAAUGUUUAACAUACACCGAGCCUUUAGCUGCAUAUUUACAAAGUGGAAAGCACCAAGUUACUUGUCAAAAAGCUGGAUUUUGUGCAUUGUGUGCUAUCCAAAAACAUGUCAGCUGUGCACUACAAUCUUCAGGGAGAUCAUUAGCACCCAAGGAUCUUGUUUCAAAUUUGCGUUGCAUAUCUAGGACAUUUAGGAAUUCAAGGCAGGAGGAUGCCCAUGAGUACAUGGUAAAUUUAUUGGAAUCAAUGCACAAAUGUUGCUUACCUACAGGAGUCCCUAGUGAAUCACAAAGUGCCUAUGAUAAAAGUUUAGUCCACAAGAUAUUUGGUGGUCGCCUCCGAAGUCAGGUGAAAUGCAUGCAGUGUAACUAUUGCUCUAACAAAUUCGAUCCAUUCUUGGAUUUAAGCCUGGAGAUAUUGAGAGCAGACACUUUGUAUAAAGCUUUUGCAAAUUUCACUGCUAAAGAACAGUUAGAUGGAGGGGCAAAACAGUAUCAGUGCCAACAGUGCAAGCAAAAAGUCAAGGCUUUAAAACAGCUUACAGUUCACAAAGCUCCCAAUGUCCUCACUGUUCACCUUAAAAGAUUCGGUUCCCAUAUGUCAGGCCAAAAGAUUGACAAAAAAAUCCAAUUCGGUUCUACUUUGGACUUGAAACCUUUUGUCACUGGUCCAUAUGAUGGGGAUUUGAAGUACACUCUAUAUGGGGUUUUGGUUCAUGCUGGUUGGAGUACACAUUCUGGCCACUAUUAUUGCUUUGUUAGGACAUCUAGUGGCAUGUGGUAUUCACUUGAUGACAAUCGUGUAUAUCAAGUGAGUGAAAAGAAGGUUUUUGAGCAGAAAGCCUACAUGUUGUUUUAUUUCCGUGAUCAAAAGAGUUUUCCAUCAAAGAAAACUACAGAUGUUGUUCAUCAGAAAGAAAAGAUUCCAAUGAAUAAUGGCCUCAGUGUAUCAAAAGAGACCCAAAAGAUUCCAAUGAGUAAUGGCCUCUGUGUAUCAAAGGAGACCCAAAAGAUUCCAAUGAUUAAUGGUUCCAGUGUAGUACCAAAAGAGACCCAAAUAUCCUCAAAUGUACAAAAAGAGACCCAAAUAUCCUCAAAUGUACAAAAAGAGACCCUAAUGGAUGCCAUUUUAAGUAAUGGAUCUUCAGUUACUGUUUUGAGAAAUGGGUUCAUUACGGGUGCAACAGAACAAAAAGAAAAGAGAGAGGAUUUGGUUCCAAAAAGUUCAGAAAGCUCAGUCAACUCCAAAAAUGGAGAUUUUAGUGUCCCGAUUAUGAAUCUUGGAAAUGCUGAAAGUAAAACAGAUAAGGGUGAAACUUUGAAGGAAAAUGGUGGAGGUGAGUCGGUUGUUGGUGGUGAUGGUCAAAAGGGGGCGGCAGUGGUGGCUGCAAUGGUAGUAGAUACACCAGACUUGCCAAAAAUGGAAAGUUUGACCAACAAGGAACCUCUUGACCAAAAACCCCACAAGAAAGCAAAGAACUUGCCAGAAAUGGGAAGGUUGACCAAGAAGAAGGAAGUUGACCGGAAACCCAACAAGAAAGUAAAAAACUUUUUGAAGUGCAAGAAAAUCAUAAGUAUGAAAUUCAGUGCAAAUGUUCUAAUGGGGACUUCAUUAAACCAAAGGAAGAAAAAGAAACAUAAGCAAAGCAAAAAGAUCAAGAAACUUGUUAAAGAAAACUUGGUCAAUGAAGGUCAACCUUCAUCUGAAAAAGUCAAAGCACAGGAUGUGGUCAAACCUCCAGUUGAUAAAGAAAAGUCGGUCAAUGAAGGUCAACCUUCAUCUGAAAAAGUCAAAGCACAGGAUGUGGUCAAACCUCCAGUUGAAAAUGGAUUCAAAGAGAGGGUUAAUAAAGAUGGAGCUGUUCUUGCAACAAAUGACUUAAAUGGUGUCUCAACAGGAAUCCAAUCAAAUCAUUUGAGGGAAAAUUCGACACAAAAAGAUUUGCUUCAUUUGCUUACAAGAGGUUUAGAUGACAGAAUUGUCCCUCGUUGGGAUGAAGGUGAAUCAACAACUUCUCAUAUAAGAGAAAGAAAACGGGAUCUCACCAUUGGUUACAUUGGAGAUGAAUGGGAUGACGAAUAUGACAGAGGAAAGAGGAAGAAAGUAAGGAUUUCAAAAACCGAAUUUGAUGGAAAGAAUCCGUUUCAAGAUAUUGCAAAUGAGAGGUUAAAAUCGGAAAAACCGAAUUUGUCGAAAAGACCCGUGAACAUGAAAAACGAGCAUUUUAAAAAGUCAACAUCUGGAAGACCUUUUAGGAUAUGAUGUGGAAAUUGUGACAAGUUUUUUGGUUGAUGAAAAUUGAGAAUUGAGAAUUGAGAAUGCCCGAGAUAAUUUAUGAGGUGUUUUCUUGGAAAUUAUUUUCCGAUUUGUAGAUUUUGCCCGAGUUUGUGAGGUGUGGGAGUAAUUUUAGUUUUGAUGUUUGAAAUUAGGGUUUUGAAUUAAGGUGGUGUAAUGACUUAUGACUACUUAUGAAACAUGGUGAAAAAUGUAUGUGUUUUGUAUUUUGUUUAAGAGGAUAUUGAACUCA